AUGCCUAGGUCUACAAGAACCGGUGAACUACUCUACAAUCCGGAAAUUGAAAGAGAAGCAAAAAGGUUGAAAAAGUUAGCCAAACAAGCAAAGCAACAACAACUAGUUCAAGUUUCUUCCUCUUCAAGUGAUACCGAUACCGAGCCGAAUUCUCCAAUUGUUGGUCAUUCCUUUGAAGACAUUCCGUUUGAAAACCACAUAGCCAUGAAUCACAUUCCACCUCACAAUCCCAAUGCAAACCCAAUCAAUCAAGAUGCUAAUACCCCACCCCAUCAACCAAGACAACAACCACAAGAACCUCUCAUUGAUAUGCCACCUUGGAAUCAAGCCCAUCCUCAAAACCAACCCAAUUAUCAACCACCACAAUCGCAAAACCAAAACUUCCACCAAAACAAUCAACCUCAAAACAAUGCUUUUCAAGUUCAACAAGUACAUUACCCAAAUCAACCCAAUUACCAACACCCUCAAAUGUACCAAAACCCAAUGUACCCACAAUAA